AUGAUCAGUAUAAAAGAGCAAGCCAAGUGGCGUAAUCGAAAGAUAUUUAUUUCCCAAAAUGUGUUAGCAAGCUGCUCUUUUGAUUUAACAUUUCAAUAUGUACUAGCGGGGUGGGAGGGAUCCGCAUCAGAUUCACAAAUACUGGCAGAUGCUCUUAACCAACAACACAAAUUAAUUGUCCUAGCAGGCAAAUAUUACUUAGUAGAUGCUGGUUUUGCGAAUGCGCCGGGCUUUUUGGCACCAUUCCGUGACAUUCGGUAUCAUCUAAAAGAAUUUAGGCAAGGCAAAUAUUACUUAGUAGAUGCUGGUUUUGCGAAUGCGCCGGGCUUUUUGGCACCAUUCCGUGGCAUUCGGUAUCAUCUAAAAGAAUUUAGGCAAGGUUGUCAACCUAGGACAAAGGAAGAGUUGUUUAAUCUUCGCCAUUCCUCAUUGUGGAAUGCUAUAAAACGUGCUUUUGGAGUAUUGAAGGCACGAUUUCCCAUAUUGAAGAUUGCUUCAGGCUAUCCUUUAAAUACACAAGUCAAUAUAGUCGCAGCAUGUUGUAUCCUACAUAAUCAUAUUAUCAAUGAAAAACGUGAUCAAGAGCUUGAUUUUGAAAAUAACAAUGAUAUUGGUAAUGGUGAAGAUGAAAGUGAGAUGCAUGAAGAUGAAGGUAAUGAGAGUAGUGAAGAUGAGAAUGAAUGCGACUUCCGAAAUGAAUCUGCGGCUGCUAGGAGGGAAAAACAAAGAUGGAGGGAAUUUCGACUUGGACUUGCGUCGGCUAUGUGGGAAUCAUAUAAGCUAGAACAAAACAUCAAUUAG